CAGCCAAAGCUACCGUCGUCCCAUCCUAUCUAUCAGUCUCUCUCUUCUCUCUCUCCUCUAUUAGAAAAGGAAAGAUAAAAAUCUAACCUAAAGCUCAUUUUCUCUCAAAGAACAAAGCAAGAAUCUUAACCCCAUCUCUCUCAAAGUCCUCUUCCUGCUCCUUUAUUCUCUCUUCUUCCUCUGUAUCAUCUUCAAUGUCAAAUGAAAAGAAAAGCCCUUACCUGCAGUACGACCCUUUCGAUUACAACCCCCACGAAAUCGACAGGUCAAGCUUUCCAUUCUUCAAUUAUGGCUCUAAUUCUUCCAUAUACAAUAUUCCCCAAACACCAGCAGACCCCCAAACUCAAAACCUACAUGGUUUUGAAUCCGAUCCUUCAUAUUUGAUGAGCUUCGCCGACUGCUUAAAUGGGUCAGUGGACUACACCACCCUCUCAAAAGCCUUUGACAUUUCAUGUUCAUCAUCUGAAGUCAUUUCUCCGCCGCUGUUAGAUCAGGACGAUAAUUCGAAUACCAAGGCUGUAGCCGCUGGUGUAGGAGAUCAAAACCCAUCCACACCGAAUUCAUCGUUAUCUUGUUCAUCUAAUGAAGCUGGUGCGGCUAAUCAUGAGCAUGGAAAUGAUCAAGAUUCAGAUAAGAUCAGCAAGAAAGAUAAGCAUCCAAAGGUAGUACAGUCUGAAGAAGCUCCUGGAGAUCAUGAAGACAAGUCAAAGAAAGUGAACAAAGCAAAAAAGAAAGAGAAACGGCAAAGGGAACCGCGGUUCGCCUUCUUGACCAAGAGCGAAAUUGAUCACCUUGAAGAUGGAUACAGAUGGAGAAAGUACGGACAGAAGGCAGUCAAGAAUAGCCCUUAUCCUAGAAGUUAUUAUAGAUGCACUACUCAGAAGUGCCUUGUAAAGAAACGUGUGGAGAGAUCGUUCCAAGAUCCAACGAUUGUGAUCACAACAUAUGAAGGGCAGCACAACCAUCAAUGUCCAGCCACACUUCGAGGCAGUAUCAAUGCUGUUGGCAUGUUGACACCUUCCUUUUUGGCAUCAGCUGCAUCGAGAGGAUUCGGGACUAGUAACAACGAAUCCCCGAGAUUUCCACACGAAUUAUUGUUAACUCAACUGCUUACUCCAGUCAAUAACAACCAACUUCAACUGCAAGCUCAUCAUCAUCAUGAUCCAGCAAGUUCCAUGUUAUACUCAAAUCUCAUGUGUACUCUUCACCAGAAUCAACAGCAGCAGCAGCAGCUACAUGUUCCUCAUGACUAUAAUAUGUUGCAAGAUUUAGCUCCCUCAUUUAGUCACAAGGAGAAGCCAUGAAUAGUAGAGUUAUAUGCACUUAAGUAUGGCUUCAGUACUCUCUUGCGCUGUAAUUAAUUAAUAUUAGUACUAGUACGUACUUAGAAUUUCAUAUAUAUAUAUAUAUAUAUAUAUAUAUAUAUAUAUAUAUAUGUGGACAAAGAAUUAGGGCCAGUAUGCAAGGCUCUAGAAUGGCAUUCAGUAUUGCGUACUAGUACUACUCCUGACUAUUGCGUACUUGUAGGAGUGUGUCUUUUAGGAGUGUGUACAUACAUAUUGAUCUAAAAGACACACUCCUAAGCUUCACUCUUACAGUGAGCGAAGACAGUUCUUUUGGAGGAGUAUUGCAUAUGGCAACCCUAGAGCUACUUGUUGACAUGUAUAGCCAACAUCGGAAUCUUAUCAAGGAGAUCUGGAGAUGGGCUGAUUGGAGUGCUAAGGACGUGAAUAUUUCUAGGAGUUUUGAUUUCAAGGUGUUUUUCUCAUCUUUUUGUAUACAUAAUAGUAGUUGAGUUUUUGAAGCCCUCUUCUCUUUACAUGUA